UUUAAACGAAUGAGAAACAUUCGAUUUUUCAACGCAACUACCUUUUUUCGUUAUUUGUACAAACACAGACGCUUCCAAAUACACUUAGCAGAUGCAGCGGAAAAAACUCCAUCUAGUCAGCACAUUUCGAAGCGUCUGUGCGACGAGCUCUAUCGAACUAUGUAAAGAUGUUCAAGAAAAAAUGUUUAUUCUGUAUUGGAAUGACUGGCGUCUUAUCUUUCUACCCCAAAAAAGUGUGUGUGUAAUUUCUAAAACUUUCUUAAGUUCGACACUAAAAUGCUUCGAUAAAACUUACUAUUUAGCAUCAAUAAAUCCCGUUUUCGAUGGGCUUUCAUCUGGUAUAAAAUUCAUUACUUACCCUCCCAAGCGUCAAAAAAAAAUCUAGUAUCGCCCGAUUCAUCUAGAUUACCAGAUUUUUACUCAAUUGCAACUACUGUGUAACGACAGUGGAAAUCUAGUAAUUGGGCGAUUGCUAGAUUUUUUCAAGUUGCAACUAUCGAUUUAUCGCCCGAUAAUCGAUCGAUUUAACUACUGCUAGUCGCACGUGCAGACGCAUCUAGUUAAAAGUCCCUUUUCCAACUAGUAAUCUAGAUGGCAACUAGUCGUGUAUCGCCCGAUUACAGACGAAAUAUAUCUAGAUUUUUCCCAUAGGUGAUAUUUGCUUGGGAACCGCGGUGAACUCGUCUAAUUCAUUGACAAUGCAAUUGUCUUUUCUCUUAAUACGUUAGAAUUUUAUAAAUGAACUACUUUGGUAAUAUACUACGUAUAUAUUCUCAACUUAGUUGAGAGAAAAGUUGCAGAAAAGUAGUCUCAAGGACUGGGCGCAUAGUACAGAUCAAAUCAAGUCUUCAAGACUUGAGCUUUUUUAUAACUAAGAAAUGAUUGUAAAACAUAUUUAUUUAUUACAUAAAUCGGAGUUCUGAUAAGUAAUAAGAUACAAUAACACAUAUUUGAUAUUAUAUGUUGGUUUGUUACUUUAGUUGUGUACGGUGUUAAUACGGGUUUUGGUAAUUUUGCACAAACUGUUAUUCCUGAAGAACAACUUCAGGAUUUACAAACACGUUUAAUUACAUCUCAUUGUGCGGGUGUUGGUGAGCCAUUAUCAAUCGAACGUGCUCGUAUGAUGUUCGCUCUGAGAAUAAAUAUAUUAGCGAAAGGUUAUUCUGGCAUAAGCAGAGAAACGUUAGAAAAAAUAAUAGCUGCAUUUAAUAAAUCUUGUAUUCCCGAAAUCCCCCAACAAGGAACUGUAGGAGCAUCUGGUGACUUGGCCCCUCUAGCACAUUUAGCCGCUGGUUUAAUGGGUACUGGACGUAUGUGGAGUCCACAAACAGGAUGGUCAACAGCAGAAGACGUUCUGACAAGAAAUGGUUUGAGUAAAGUUGUGUAUAAACCAAAAGAAGGCCUAGCAAUGAUUAAUGGUACUCAAUUUAUAACAGCUUUAGGCGCUGAAGCUGUCGAAAGAUCCAUAAUGUUAGCCCGCCAAGCUGAUGUAAUUGCUUCUUUAACGAUAGAAGCUCUGAGGGGCUCUGUGAGAGCGUUUGAUCCAAAUAUUCAUUUGGCGAGACCUCAUCUUGGACAAAUACUUGUAGCCAAACGUCUAAGAUCGCUGCUAGCAUCACCAUUACAUCCAUCAGAAAUAUCUGAUAGUCAUGAAAACUGUGGAAAAGUUCAAGAUGCUUAUUCUUUACGAUGUAUUCCGCAAGUACACGGAAUCAGUUGGGACACAAUAAUGUUUGUUCAUGAUUUAAUUACUACUGAAAUGAAUAGUGCCACUGAUAAUCCAUUAGUUAUAUUAGAAACAAAUGAUAUUAUUUCUGGAGGAAACUUUCACGGAGAAUAUCCUGCAAAGGCUCUCGACUAUUUGGGAAUUGCCAUACAUGAACUUGCGAGCAUUAGCGAAUGUCGAAUGGAGAGGUUACUAAACAAAACAAGUAGUGAUUUACCAGCUUUUCUAACGACAGACGGUGGCUUAAAUUCUGGUUUUAUGAUUGCUCAUUGUACAGCUGCAGCUUUAGUUUCUGAAAAUAAAGUUUUAUGUCAUCCUUCAUCGGUUGAUAGUAUACCAACAAGUGCAGGACAAGAAGAUCAUGUGUCAAUGGGAGGUUGGUCCGCUCGAAAAGCUUUACAUAUUGUGGAUAAUGUUGAAAAAGUAUUGGCCAUUGAAUUAUUAAUGGCAUGUCAAGGACUCGAUUUAUUGAAGCUGACAACAACUGAACCGUUGGAAGCAGUUAAAACUGUUGUAAGACAAUCCGUAAAACCAAAAGUGAAUUUAGAUACCCCAGAUAAUCUUACUACAAUUGCUAUUGGGUUAGGUAUUUUAGAACUCAGUGGCAUUGACGCCCAAACACAGGUAAUAACAAUGAAUGUCAAUUUUGAAUUAAGAUGGUGUGAUUCAUUAUUGAUAUGGAAUACAUCCGAAUAUCCGUGUAUUUUAUCUCCUGAUAAACAAAAUUCACAAAUAUUUUUUAAUGCUAAAGAAAUUUGGACUCCCGAUAUAACACCGAUAAAUUCACCAGCAACAUUAGCUAAAGAUCAAAAAUUAAAUUAUCCUGUUUUAUCCGUAUGUAGUGAUAAUAUUCGCUGGAAUUAUCCUGAAAAAUUACAGACAUUCUGUGAAAUUAAUGUUAAAUAUUUUCCAUUUGAUCGUCAACGAUGUUCAAUAUUACUUCAAUCAACAAUUUAUGAUUCAAGUCAAAUGAAAUUAAAAACAUUAUACAAUUUUGUUCGUUUAUACAACUAUAUAAAAACUGAAUAUAGUAUUAUUGAUGCAUCAAUUCAUGAAAUUGAUUUGUACAAUAUGUAUCAUAAACGAAAUUUUAGUACACUAAGAAUUGAUAUUGAAUUAGAAAGAUUUUCAAGAUUUUAUACAUUUAAAAUUGUUUUACCCUAUUUUAUUAUAUCAUCAUUAGCUUUAUUUUCUUUUUGUUUACCAAUUGAUACUGGUGAAAAAGUUACAUUAACAGUAAGUGUAUUACUUUCAUUAACUAUUUAUCUUCAGUUAAUAUCAGAUUAUGUUCCAAAAACAGAACAAGGCGUAUGUACUUUAACACUAUAUUGUAAUUUUGUUUUUAUAUUAGUUUUUCUUUCUUGUGUAUGUAAUACAUUUAUAAUAUUUGUCUAUUAUACAACAUCUAAUACAGAACGACGUUUUAUUUUAUUAAAAACGGGUAAGAUGAAGAAGAAGAAGACGAUGAAAAAGAAGAAAAAAAGACGACAAGAUAAUAAUGGAAAUAUGAUGUCAACAAUAUAUAAAUCGAUAAUAAAUUUGAAUAGACAACGGAUGAAAAUGAAUGAGACAAAAACUGACAUCAUAGAAAAUGAAGAUAAUAUAAAUGCGAUUGAAUUAUUAAACGAUAUUAAAUAUUUAAAAGAAAUUUUGACACAUAUGUAUAAACAAACAUGUUCAACAACAACAACCGAAUAUAAUCAAAUAAAUAUUAUAGAACAAUAUGAUUAUUUUCAAAUAAGACAAAAAUCUAGAAUAGAUAAUAAUAAAACAGAAUUUAAUACAUAUCUUACAAAACAUUUUUCCUAUAAACAAUUAGCCAUUAUACUUGAUAGAAUAUUAUUUAUUAUUUAUUUAAUAAUUAUGUCAUUAACCGGUAUUCUAUUUCUAAAUGUUCAACAUUCAAGAUCAUAUGCACUUAAUGGAAAUAGAACAAGUCAACUAUAUGAUUUAAGAAAAAAGUCAACGGCAAUACCAUUACCAUUAUUUCGAGGAUGUCCCAAAUAA